AUGAAGAUUUCAGCGCACCUCUCAGCACUAUUGGAGAGGCGUGGCCGUCAGCAGCGUCGCCAUAUGGACUACCUCCUCGUCUAUGCGGUGGCCGAAUUGCUGCUUUCUAUUCACAUUUCGCUUUCAAAUUUCGUCGUCCUAUACGUGUACGUUAGAAAGAAGUACGUGCGAACUGUCACAAAUUCCUAUAUCUUCUCACUAGCGCUGACGGAUUUUUUAGCAGGAAGUGUAGGCAUUCCGAUUACGGUCAUUUCGGUGAUGACCCGACGACCACAUUCCUUCUAUGGAUGUCUGUUUGUACAUCUGAUUCUCUGUAUUCUCUGCACUAUUUCAACAUUUCAUAUGCUGGCAAUUGCUGUGGACAAAUAUGUGACGAUAUGCUGCCGAGAUCGCCUUUUUCGUUCA